GGUCGCCUUAUCAUCACGUGUUUACGCGUCGACAGGGUGUGCGCCCAAAGUCAAAGGUCAGCAAUACGAGAAUCAAGACAUGGACAAUUUCCCCCUCGAAUCCUUUUUAUGCCGGCAUUGAUGCAUAUAAGUCGAGUCUGCGCAAGAGAGUGGUCGUUCCCUCACUAUGUGAUUGCAGAACAAAAUGGAGAACUGCUUCUAUGAGACGUCCUGGCUUGUCCACAGCAUCCCGAAGUUGACGGCGCCAUUCACAGCCUUGUUGACUCCACCAUCAACACACGAACAAGCGAGGCACAGAUACCAGCUUUCGACACAUGCCGAUACCUUUCGAGAUGCGCUGAGUCAGGCUCGCCCUCACUACGAGUUUGAGGAAGAGAAGGAGAAGCUAGGCGUGUUGAGACAAUGCAAAUGGACCAGACUUGAUGGCGACGUCAACGAAGCGGCUCAGUCCGAUCAUGCUGGAAGAAAACGAAAGCGAGCAGACUCAGUGAUCAAUGGAUCCGUGGACCAGGGAGUCCUCAUCUCACUUGUCUACGAGAAGACGACACACAAGUUCAUAUUGUACACAACAAACAACAACGCUGCUAAGCGCAGCCGGUCAUUGCCAUGGACACAGUCUUGCUCGAGAUCGCGAAACCCAACAGCCAUCCUCCUCUCGAAAUCCUCUCCCUCCGCAGUACGAUCUCUGACGAACUACUUGUACGACACAUUUGCCCUCGACAACAUCCACCCUCUCCAAUUGCCCUCGGCAUUCAUCCAAGGCACGCUUCAGCGCUACCUUUCCAGCAUCUACUCAUCGUUGGAAACGGCUUCAACCUCGCAGCAAGCCCGGGUACAGGACAUCUUCAUCAAUGUCAUCAGCACCGUAAAGGUUCACAUAGCCUUCUCGGCGCCAGUGGCACCACAUCUGAAAUCUCUGGAGCUGGCCAUCGCACCCUUCGCAGUCCUCAAGGCCAUGCCAGAGAAUGGGAAGUCUGACAAAGAGUACUUCAUGGGAGCAAUUUCAAGCUACAUUCACGCAACUACAGGGCUCAUACUGCCUGUUUUUGAUGACGAGGAGGGAUCUGAUGACGGCAGGCACGCCAUGGAGGUCGACAGCUCGAAGCCUGAGGCACCCAUGAAGAUAUCGAGAAUCUCAAACGCUGCCUACGCGAUCUCGUGCGACCACAGACUCAAAUUUGUGCUCAGAGCCGUGGAUGUUGUGGAAGGGUCCGACACACCAGGGGAGAACUGCGUCCGAAAGGCAAAUCAGGAGGUGUUGGAUGCUAUUGUAGCAGAGGCAGCGCGUCAAGCGGCGGAUGAUGAAUGAUUUAUGAUCAAUUGGAGGAUUGAGCGAUACGGAACGUCCCUUUUGUACUAUAGGAACUAUGCGAUUCUUGGUUGUAUGAUGUGAAGAAGACUAGAGAGACCAGUGGGCGUAAAGAUGGGAUGAAGCGUGCUUGAUUGGGUUAUAGUAACGCGUCGAAAGAAUUGAUGCCGGCUGCGCCGCCAAGAACAUAAGACGUCCAUGUUCCUCCUUUCUAUUG